UUUUGAAAAAGCGAUUUUGUUCUUAUAAAAUAUAAUUUCUGACAGUCAUUUAAAUUUGUUUUGCGAUUGUCGUGGAACAAACAACGCACUUGGAUUCAUCGCAGGCUUUUUAAAAAUAUGUCGCCAGAAGUAAAAAAGCGCGUGCGGGCUCUAAAAAGACUAAUUUUAGCCCAGCAUGAAAUAAAAUUGAGAUUCCAGGCCGAAGUUCAUCUUCUUAAAUUGAAAUACCAAAAAGUGUACGAGCCAUAUGUUAAUAAACAAACGGAUAUAAUUAAAGGAAACUGCGAGCCUACCAAAGGCGAAUACAGUAGUUCUGAUGAAGAAGAUGACGUACAAGCUCCCAGAUACGAUGAACUAGGGGAAAGAGGACCUGAAUCAUGUAAACAAGAACCGAAAGGAAUACCGGACUUUUGGUUUGUGUACAUGAUUAAUUCGUACAACUUCAAAUGUAACAUACUACCACAUGAUGAGCAAAUCAUCAGACAUGUGUCAGAUAUCAGAUGUAAUCGGUCGGAAGAGUGCAUCGGAUUUACUUUGGAAUUCCAUUUCACACCUAACGAAUGGUUCACUAAUAAUGUACUGACCUUGAAGUUCGAAGAGGACCGUCCAGACAAUAUUUUUGAUAUUGUUGAAUCUUAUGGCCUGGUAUACGACAUUCAUUACAAACUUACGGGCUGUGAAAUUAAUUGGAACGAGGGAAGAAAUGUGACACAGCAAAUCAAAAAUGUAAAACUUGAAGGCACCGAAGUUCCUUUGAACAAAACCGUUGAAUAUCCAUCGUUCUUCAAUUUAUUUGAAGAUAAAUUUAAUUGGACAAAUACCGAUAGAGAGUGUUUUGGAGUAUCUUUCAAAAAAUAUUAUCGCCAGUGCAAUUGGUUAGUUAAUGACGCUUUUAAGAAAAUUUAUUUCCACCGCCCGGACAUAUUAUAUAGUUUUGCGAAAACGUUUGAUUUUUCUGAACAUUACGAAACGUGUGAGUCGUAUAUUGAGACGGACGGAGAAGAUGAUAAAUGCAUGUGUCACUCACAAAUGAAAUAAUAAACAAUACUGGCUAAAAAUUGUUUUAUAUAUUAUAAUAUAACGUGUUAUUACCAUUUGAUUGUUAGCCAAAAUUAUGUCAAUCCGAGGGUCACGUGAU